AACAUGGCGGCCCUCUCUGCUUCGACUCCCGCGUUGGACGCCGCGUCGGUGUUGCCGUUGUUUUCUCGAUCAAGCCGUGCCUAGAGGGCACACAGUAGCAGCAGAAUGCCCAAGCGGGCGCGCAUCAAGAACAACGGCGAGGCAGCACCGCCUCCGCGAGCCUCUCCGCGGGUGGCGAAGCGGCAGAUGUUGAGCGAGCAGUCGUCCGACGAAAACCACACGAUGGUGCGCAAGUGCGAGAAAGUGAGCUGCCACGAGACACGGCCCAGCUGCUUCGCCCGCACCUCCAAGAGGUGCUGUGGUGACGGCUACACUUCCCGAUGGUACCAUCUCUCCUCGGGGGAACAUUUCUGCAACGAGUGCUUCGACUACUACUAUCGCAAUACCAAGCCCGGCUAUGCGGAGUACUGGAAUUGGCGGGAGCACUGGUCGCGCAAUGCCCGGUCGGAGGCCUCGCUUCGCCUCUUCAUGGCCGACCAGGUCCUGCCUUUCUGGGCACAGUGCGUGCGCUGCCGCAAGUGGCGCCGCCUACCCAAGGGGGACGACCUUACACCAGAGUUUGUUGGCUCGUUCACCUGUGGCGACAUCCCAUCGUACGAUGACAGCACGGAAGACACAAAGACGGACGACUGCUCGGUGCCUGAAGACCCGAACGCUGCAGCUGCCAUGCAGCCCGAGUGGAUCUGCACGUUAACACAGCCACCGUUUCUCAUCGGCUCCCCGGCGCAACAGUUCCUGGGCGACUACUUUGCCGACGGGGUUGGGAUCAGCCCUUCCUCCGAGGGCCCCAAGGCUCCCGAGAAAAGCACACGGCAACAAAAUGGCAACAGUGAUACGACCACCACCAGCACCUCUGAAUGCUAUCUUGAGCCAGGGCAGCUGGCGCAGCUUCUGCAACCUUUCUACCGGCCUGGAGAGCAGGGCAAGGCAUUGUGCUUCCACCCGGACAUAAUGGAGACCUACGAGAUGGAUGCCUUCCCGGAGUACGCACGAGAACAGGUGAUGUACCUAGGUGUGCGCAACGUGGUGCUGGCGCUGUGGGCCCUGCGGCCCCAAGAGUGGCUGGACCUGGCGUGGGUGUCGCGGCACCUUCUGUGUCGAGGCCUAGCACGCAUCCGGUGCCUGUUGGAGGCGCACAGGAUUCUCCGGUUCUUCACCGCUCGAGGUCUCAUCAACCACGGCACACUGCCCUCGCCACGUAGCUCUCCGCCACUGCCGCUGUCUUCUCGGCAGAAGCGUGUGCUGGUUGUGGGUGCAGGCCCUGCUGGCCUAUCGGCAGCGCGGCAUCUGCACCGGCUAGGCAUGCAGGUGACGGUGCUCGAGGCCUCGGACCGUAUUGGGGGCCGAGUGCGCGACGACACAUCCUUCGGCGUAUGCGUCGGCAUGGGUGCCCACAUCGUCACGGGCGUCACCAACAGCCCCUUGACGACGCUGUGUCUGCAGUCUGGCCACGGCAUGCGGCUCAUUCGCGACCACUGUGACCUGUACACAACGGCGGGGCACAUGGUGCCGACAGAGUGUGACCGCCGCGUUGAGUUCCACUUCAAUGCCAUGCUGGAUGCUGUGGCACAGUGGCGUCUGGGACAGACCAAGGACACCUGCCUCUUCGACAAACUCAUGGAAAUGCACCAGAGCUUCCUCAAGGACACACAGAUGGAGUUCAGUGACGAAGAGAGCAACGUGCUCCAGUUCCACAUAGGCAACCUGGAGUAUGCGUGUGGUGCACACCUGCGUGAGGUGUCGGCCCUGCAGUGGGACCAGAACGAGCGGUUCCCCCAGUUCAGCGGGCAGCACGCCCUCGUCCCGGACGGCUUUGGCUGUCUCCUGCAGGCCCUGGCCGAAGGUCUCGAUAUCCGCUAUGGCCACAAGGUGACAGCUAUAGAGUACGGUUCUGAGGAGGGUGGAGUGCGAGUCCUCACGGAGCAGUCUGGUGCCAAGAACAGCAGCGAUGAGGAGGAAGAAGGGAAGUUCUCGGCCGACUUUGCUCUGGUGACAGUGCCAUUGACCAUCCUCCAGCGACAGGAGAUCAGCUUCUCACCGCCUCUGCCCAAGGACAAGACGGAUGCACUCAAAGAUCUGGGUGCAGGUGUCAUCGAAAAGGUGGCCCUCAAGUUCACUCGGCCAUUCUGGUCUGCCGAGGUGAGGUCCGCAGACUUCUUCGGUCACGUGCCAUCAUCACCCGAGCAGCGUGGUCUCUUCAGCGUCUUCUUCGACCUCAGCCCAAGGACACAGCCAAAGAAGAACCCGACGUAUGUCCUGAUGACCUAUGUGAGUGGUGACGCCAUCGACCUGAUUGCAGACAAGAAGGACGAGGAAGUGGUGUCCAUGUGCAUGGACGUGCUGCGUAACAUCUUCCGAGACCAGCAAGUACCUGACCCAAAGGGCUACUCUGUGACCCACUGGCGGGAUAGCCCUUAUUCACGCAUGGUCUACAGCUACAUGCGCUGUGGGGGCUCCGGCGACGCUUACACGACCCUGGCUGAGCCACUGGCUGACCGGCUAUUCUUCGCUGGCGAGGGUACAAGCCGGAUGUUUCCACAGACCGUGAGCGGGGCUUACAUGAGCGGUCUGCGAGAAGCCUGGAACAUCCUUUGCCGCUUGCCACUGGGCCUCGAGCCCGACCUCUUGCUUGACAUCUGAACCGGCCACCGGAAUCCCGCUGCCAAGUCGACCAACUGUUGGGGGUCGGCAGCCACCCUACUAGACGUCUCAGCCUGUUUUGUGUUUCUGUGCGUCAAAACAAUGUGUGGAUUGCCAAGGCAACGGAGUGAACUUCCAAGAAGCAACAGUGCUUUGUCCCCUUCGUUAAUUAUCUGUGUUAUUUUAAUUGAGCUCCAAUUACAAGACUUCACCUAGGAGGCUGUCACGAUGGUACGUUCAGUGACAGGGUUAUCUUUCGGGGCAGAGAGUUAAGAAGCCGGGGAUUUCGAAUGGAGACAGAAAGGAAGGAUGGUCCCAGUUCUUCCCUAAGUGCGCGAGGUUUCGCAACUUUUGGUUGUUACCUUUUGCUUCCACGAACAUGUACUUCCAGUUUUGCUUUUGCUUCUAUGUCAGCUGUCCAUCUGCGUGUGCGCGUUGCCACAGAAAUUAAAUGACCAUAACGCAUGUUGCAGAUCGCAAACGAAGACCGAGUGGCUACCUACUUAGGGUGCUGUGACGAUUAUUUGUAGAGAAGGCCCUGAGCAAUUCAACGGUACACAGCGACUGAACCAACCGGCGAUUGUGCAGAUGUGGUGGUUGCAGGGAAGUUGUCACUGUGACUUGUGUGCAGGUCUUAAAACACAACUGAACUCACCCCUAGGCUCAGCAUGCACGGGGUGGUUUCUGUUCUCAGUAGUCUUGUGUUUGAACUUUUAUGCCAACAAAACAGGUUGAAAAGCUUUUGUCACAUUUGUUCUCGGCCUAUAGUUCGCUCCUUGUAGGUGUACCCCUCGAUGGUAAGUUUAAUUGUAAGUAUGUUGUUAUCAAGUAAUUCCUAUUUGCCGCGCAGUUGUAAGAAUGACGAUGUUGUGGUGAUUUGGAGAGUUCUGAAUUUGAGAAAAAGAUGCUGGCUCAGCUAAGUGGUGUGCAUUUUCUUGAGCACUGCGUUUAACAAUCGAUUACAUGGCCAACAUAAGUGUUACCCGGAGAUAUUCAAAUAAUAACAGUAAUAAUUUGAGACGCAUGAUGCGCCAAAAUAUUGUAAUGGAUGAAAAACAUAUUCUCGGAUAGCUUAUAUAUUGAGCAGUUUUUGCUCAAGACUUUGCAUUUGAUAUACAAACGCACUCAUUGGGAAAAACUUGUGUAAACAGAAGCGUGUUUUAUCCAAGCCUCUUUUUUAAAAAAAAAAUGCCAUCUUUGCCAGUUGUAAGGGAUAAAAGGUUACCCAGAAUGUGCGAUGCCUUGACGUGACCUUCGAGAUUAGGGACAGCCUGGGCGCAGGAAAGUAUCUUGGAGGCAAUGUGCUGGGACUGUAUGUCAUAUCUGUUUAUUACCCAGUGCAUAUGCUAUUUUCUGACAUGCUAUGAAGAUAUUUGAGGUGUUUACCAGCCCUGUACCUUUGCCAGGGUUACCUCAGUAGUUAUGUACUACUCCAAACUACAUUAACCAUAGUAAAAUUUCAUUGCAGUUGCAAUUAGAGGCUAUUGAUCUUUUUUUUUUUUUUUAAUAAUUAACAGCCCUGCAACUUUGGCAACAUUAAUUCUACAUUGGUUCCACAAAUUGAAAUGCAACGUUUUCUUUUUUUUUUUUCCGUAUAACAACUGCAACAAAGAAAUUACUCGUGAUAAUUGCGUCAUGUCACUGCAAAUCUGGCUGUUAGCAUUAAUGUUGGUUCUGAUGUAGGUGUCUGAGUAAAAAAAAUGGCGCCGUUAUGACAACAGCUGUAGACGCUGGAAACUAUAUCUCACAAGCUGGUUGCAGCAGGAGCUACGAGGCAUGAGCAAACCACAUGCCUGCACAGCAAAACAUAGUUGUUUGUAAUUGCAUUAUAAUUGGAAAAGGUUAAGACAACUGCGUUUGUUUGACAUGUGCUACACCACAGCAAUACGUGAUAUAUUAAUCACGAUGCGCAUGUACGUCAUAGCAUUUCAUUAUUGUAUCGGUAAGUUCCGACGAUUGUGAUGGCAAACCAACAUGGCAGCGUCCACGCAGAUGCAAUCACCCGCUUCGAUCCGAACUCACCCUUGCUACUGGCACACUUUGCUGACAGCAACAAAUAAAUGGUGGAAUUGGCUAUCGUUUUAUGUCAUCUCACACUGAGGACAAAGUAUCAGGUACGUUUUGUCCUCAUUAUUGAGAUCAGCUGUUUGUUCAGCCACGCCUGCUGAGCCUUCACCCUGAGAAUUUGAGAAUGAAUCUCGGAAACAGUGCAAAAUAGACACGAAUGCACUGCUGUCAAAGCGUCAAGACGCAAAUAUAACGCAAACAGAAGUGUCGGUUAGAACUCGCGGGCCACACAGGUCAUGACAGCAACUUCAUAAUUUCGAGGUGCAAGGAACCAGCUUUGAUUGGUGCCACCAUGGCCCCUCGCCCCCGUCCCGGGCACUACCAUUGCUGCCCAAUGCUAAGAGCUUUGGUUGCUGCCGUGUGCUCGCUCUACUCGCCCAACGCGUGGGCGCAGAUGUCAUGGGAACACAGAGCAGAUGACGCAGCACAGAUUCACGCAUCGGUAGGGGUGUUCGCUCUUCCUAUUGGCUAAGCAGCCCUAUAGCUUCCACAGUGCUGCAACCAGCUUGUGAGAUGGACUGUAAAAUACAUACGUUACUUAGCCUUAAAUUUUCGCGUUUCAAUCCGUGAAUUCUGUACGUAUUGCUUGUUUGCAAACAACUCAGCCGGGUGAAGCAUUGUUGCCCUAAAAAGAAAAAUGCUUUUUCCCGUGUUAGAAAACCACCCUUUCACAAUGCCGAAAGCAUCGGUUUUGCUGCGAGAAGAUGCGCGAUAAGUGAGGAGGGCAAAUGGAAAACACAGGUGGCAACAAUUCCUCAAAGUUUGUUGCCUCAUCAACUUGCCACAAUGUCGUGGGUUUCGAUGGGACCUACUAGCACAUUCAUAAUUUUUUUGUUGGUAAAAAUGAAUUAAAGGAGUAUUGACUCGAUUUGGAGGCAUUGCAAACGGGGCAUUUUCCGUUUCUUUCGUAUGUACUAUGAACGCUCUCCACAUACCAAAAUCAGACAACACGUAUGAAAUAGUUUACUUUGAGUUUAAACUUUCUGCUGCCCAGCAUCUGCAUGGCAGGCCCACUGCAAUGGACAUUAUCAUGCGUCAACACAGUUUCAAUGAGUUUGCGAACUCUGCAUCCUGCACACAGCCUAAACUGGAGAAAUCGCUGCCAGAGUUGCUGGACAACAAUUCACUCAUCGUUGUUCACUUGCAGAACAUGCAACUGACAGCAGGUGGCAUAGUUGCUGCUAGUUCGUCGUGAGUUGCCAUCUUCCCGUGACGUCAGACUUGUGUUUGCAUGUCAUUGUGAAACUGCCCCUUUGAUAUCGAAACCGAAAGCGUCUUUUUUUUUUAAGGUAGCAGUAUUAUAAAUCUAUUCGAUGCAUUCCCGGGCACCAUGAUGCUCUUUUUAGGGUUAUCGGCACCAGUUUUUUUUUUAUUUACAGCAAUAAUUCAAAAAUAUUGAAUGUAUGUGUCAGUACUCCUUUAUGUUUUGGUUCUAGGUGAGCCAGAGACUUUAUGGAGCAAGUUUCAGCAAAUUUUUAUGGAGCCAAUCGGCAAAAUACGAAAAAAAAAAUUUUUUUGAUAGCCAUGUCAUCACAGUGGCACACAGCUGCUCCAGUUUAGAUGCGAAAUUCAGUGAUGGAACUACCUGCCAUUUUCUUAUAAUUAGCCUAUGUUGGCAAAGCUAAGGACAAUAGGGUUCUGAUAAAAUAGUUCAUCAGUCUAAAAGUUGUUAUUUGGCAUCUCACUUUAGUGUCCCUAUAAGAGCCCCACACUCGUUCACUUGAGGUGCCCAGACCUGAUGAAGAGCCCUUAUAGUCUGCAUUAAAUUGCCCUUCGAAUCCCUUUUUCAUCUUGCUGGAAGGAACUGAAACCUGCUAUGAUAUGAGCAAGGCACGCUUGGGAUGCAACCGCCCACUCUCCACGACACUGAACGUCUUUUGCUUAGUUCUGGUCUGUAGAUCAUCCACUAAAACCAGUCGUUGUGGAGGAUAUUGAUGCAGGUAUGCCAAAGCAGCAGCAGUAAUCAACUAUUUGAGAAGUGGAUAUGGUGAGAGUCUCACUAAAAGGGUAACUUAAAAUUACCUUUUGUUGUCUGUCUGCCUUCUGUUAUGCGCUGCACGGAACAAAGUGUCCUUGGUCCUGUUUCCCAUUCCUUCAUUGCUCAUGUCAUUGAUUAUUUGCCUGACUUUAUUUUUCUCUUAUGCAGGUAAUCUGUAAAGCGACGGGUUUUUUUUUUUUUUUUUUUUUAAGUUGCACAGAAUGAGUGCAUGGCUUUACAUUCCCAUUUUGAAUCAUCUCUUACACCGUACUUCAUGCGUUAAACUGUGCACUCGCUGAACUGUGCAUUCGCAAAGCUUGGAGGACACAAGACCUGAUGACUGUGAUAGAUUAGCACCACUCACUUGUCCACCCUGCGAAGAACGGCAUAUUUCUGCACCGUAAAGUAUGCGUAACAUGGAUGAGGCCCCAGCGUUAUUCGUAUGCCGUUGUCCGUGAACAGGACAAAGCAUGUGCGCAUUGUUGGCUCCUGUGUUUACUCAAGUGCAACUUAAUUCCAAUGUUUUUAUUAACUUCAUUACAGUCAGUACAUUGCUAAGACUGGCGUAGCCGCAGCGCUUUAGGAACAAUCUUUGGAUAUUGCUGCAAACAAGAGUUGUCCACAAAACACCAUUCCAGUUGAAAGCUUUAGUUGAGUAGUUUCCUGGUGACCUCGGUUUAAAAGUCGAAAUACAAGUCACGCAUGUUCGCAUAAAGCUAUUGUAUGGUACUAACUACCCCAUUGAUUAAUGGGUUGGCAUAACUUUCUGUUUCAUGUAGUCCUAAAGAAGAGUCAAUGAAGGCACGUCUGUAAAUGCAAGCACAUAAACCUAUUGUCACAUGCUUGUGUGGCAAGGUACCGGGCACUGUAGUGUGACACUGGUAUUUCACUGUCACGAAAGACCUCGUGUGAUGUUCGAUGGCUGCUGAUCGUGCUGAUGCAACGCAUCAGAUUCUUGCCAUUCAGAAGACCACCGUGGCUGAUGUCUCCUUUCAUGGUACAACAUUCAUGCUCAUAAUCUCCUGCACAUUUUAGGUUUUUGUUAUGGCACCCAUUUGCAGCUUGGUUCUCCUGUUUGCAGAUUGUAUGCAGUCCUUUGUUUUCUUUCUUUUUCCGAAUGUGAUGUGCAUGUAGCUCUCAUUCGCAGGUGAUGGCCAUCUUUCUCUGUCUGCUGUACGCUGAGUCAUGUUUCAAUAUGCUAUCUUAAUCUGUCUGCUUUUUCCUGGACUUUGCUUUCUUCAUGAAAAGUUGUGGAGGUUGCACGAGGCAAACAAUGCUACCCAUUCAUUGUAUUCAUUUUGUUUAAGAAACUUUGUACAAACACCAAGAAGCACUCCACCUGCAGAUUGCGUGUGGCCUGCCAACCGUGUAAAUAGAGCCCACAUGUGAGUGUUGUGCUUGCGUAUUUAUGUCAUUCCCAUGAAAUGUAGAGCUGUGAAUACUUCUCUUGUAAGCGCACGUUCAUGUACACCAGGCAGUUUGUAGAGAACGAACAGUGACCUAUGUCCAGCUCCCAUUGAUAGUGCGACCGGUUUCCCUGCAUCUGUUCAUAGCACGUGAAGAAUGUCAGCUUAGAAGAAGCCGGAGGGCCACAUAAAAUUUAUACCCUGAGCAAAAUGGGUCACCUGAUAACCCAGAAGGACACUUAAAAGCAUGCAAGCAGAUUGGCACCCAGAGGGCCAUUCGGUCUCUUACCAAAACAAAGUUUAAAUGAUGGGAAACCACGAAGCCACCUAGCACAUUAACAAGGUAGGCACAUCACCUGAUGCACACCCAAAGUACCUCACAGACUUUGCCUAGGCAAGAGUUGUUGGCUGAUGGGGAACCAUCGAAACAGUUUGAAUCAAGCAUAUGCGUAGUAUGGUGAAUAACAGGUACUCUGAGUAGAAGUGCAGGGGAAGAUGGAGGCCUGAAAUGGAUUACGAGAUGUCGCUGGAGCCAACGUUUUGACAAGCGGUCUUGUCAGUUGUUGCCUUGAAGAAGGCAAGACUGCUUGGCAAAACAGCUCCAGCGUCACCUCAUGGUUUAAGGACUUCUCAAGUAUCCAGAGUGCCACACUGGCUGCUGUUAGCUGAUCGAAACUUGAGUCACUUAGAAUGUUAACCAGCACAGUGCGAAAGGGUUGUGGAAAUUGGACAGGUUUAACACUCAGAACAUCUUAAGAGGGACUUGUGAAGCAUGUUGUGCUUUUCUAUUCCAUUAUCAACCUUCAGUUACGAAUCUUCUUGACAUUAACAGUUGACCUUCCGAGUCAGUUGGAAAUGUAAGGCAUACACUUAUAAAAAACUUGUUCUUCUAAUGGUUCAUGUGAUCGUGAAAGCGCUUGUAAAUUUUUCUCUCUCUCGUUGUUUCUUGUGCAGAGCCACGCCUGUGCUUAGAUGUAUUCGCAAAAGAUGCGGUCAUAGACCAAAACCAGCUGUUUUGUCGAAGACCACUGUCAAUCCAUGUCUGCAUAGCAUCUUUAUGUGCAGCACCACUGUUACCUAAAGCGAAAUCUUGUGCAUUGUAAGUUUCUGUGUUUUAAUUUUUUCUUUUUGUUCCCCACAUGAUGUAUUUUUGCAUCAGAUCCAGUGUCCCUCCUUACGAGGCAUAAAAUGUUUCGCCUCGUAAGGAGGGACAUACAUGGCCAAAGCAGAAACGGGGUGGAGUGAUUCUGCUCACUGCACUUGCACAUUGCCUAUGACAUUUUACAUACUAAGCUGAAUGGAUGCGUUGACUGUGCCAUGUUAAAAAAAAAUAGAUCAAAGUUGGGAGUGGCCCUAUUGUAAACCACUACCUUAGCAUUCUUAGGUCGAUGUUUGUUCAAUAUCUGUUUGAUGCUUACUCCAGUCAAGUGGUGUAAGUGUAAGCGCAUCUUUUUUUUUUUUUUUUCUAAAUGUGUUGUGCUGUUGUCAUUUUUCGAUCCUGGUAGCAUGGCUGGUUGUAUCUACCACUUCUUAUUAGGAGUUAAGCUUUUUCUUUUUUCUUUUCCAUAUUGAGCCUGUUAGCUCUACCAACUGCCAUGGAGCAGAAUGUGAAUGCCCACAAAUGUGUUAACGUGAUGAGGCUGCCCAAGUUUUGUGUUUCCUUCCCACAUCGUGAUAAACGAAGUCACACCUUCGUGGCAUUGUAAAUAAAUCUUCGCUGAGCC